GACAGGUUGAGGACUCCACAUCACCAAGACUUCUACUACCACAGUUUCAUACUGACCUACAGAGCUUCUGCUGUGACCAUCAUCCACACAUCAGACCACCGUCCAGACAGACAGAGACAUCUGAGACUCCGGCAGAAGGAGACAGAGCUUUUACAGGAGCAGUAGUAGGCUUUCGGACAGAUCACACCAGGGGACAGUGGUUCUUCAAGUCUGACCCACUUCAGGUUAUAAAAACAGCCUUCACCCAGUGGAGUUGACACAGUCAGGACUGGCGUGUACAGCAGCCAACCCAGAGAUGAGUGUGUCCACGUGUCAGAUGAAGGAACGUUACAACCAGCAGGGAUUCCUCUCUGCUGUACCGGUCCUAGACGACACAGAGCUGAGGGAGGCCAGACAGGCCUUCAACCACCUGGAGAGAGAGUUCGGUGAGGAGUAUACCCAGUACAGUCUCCACAAUGUGCACCUGCAGUACCCCUGGGUGAUGGGCCUGGCCAAACACCCCCACAUCCUACAGGUGGUACAGUCCAUCCUGGGCUCUGAUGUCAUCCUGCUAGACUCACGCUUCAUCUGCAAGUACCCAACAACCCCCACACCCCACCCCACAGCCACACAGGCAGGAAAUGAUGCCAUCACUCUGACCAGUGAGGAGGAGGUGAGGUCAUCAGACAAGGACCAGCAGAGUGAGACUGGACUGCCCUUCGUGGCCUGGCACCAGGAUAUGAGGUACUGGGGAAUAGCUGGGGGUCCAGUCCUGUCGGUGUGGCUGGCUCUAGACGACUCACUGGCAGAAAACGGAGCACUGAAGGUCAUCCCAGGAAGCCACUGCUCUGGCAUGCUGCCCCACCAACUCGCCUCCCGCCCCGGAAACAUGCUGUCAGUCAACCAGGAGAUCCCUGAGGAGCUGGUGCAAACGGAUAGCGCUCUACUCUGCCCCCUGCUGGCUGGGCAGAUGUCUAUCCAUGAUGGGUUCCUGGUCCACGCCAGUGACCCCAACACUUCCCAGAAGAGACGCUGUGGCUUCGUGAUACGAUACGUCCCUACCUGUGCCUACCCUAUACAGGACCCAGACCGUCCCAGGCGUUUCCAUGCUACAGUGAUGGCCAGUGGAUCAGACCAGUUCAGUCACUUCUCCACCUUGCUGUGAUGAGCCUUACAGCACAACUACAACCAUAUCCAUAGAGAUACCAUUACCGUAUUACUGUCUGAUACUUAGAGGAACCUAAUGAUACUGUACUCACCUUGAUGACUUACUGCUGUGUUCACCUUGAUGACUUACUGCUGUGUUCACCUUGAUGACUUACUGCUGUGUUCA